CAGCAACGGCUUUGAGAAUAUGAUUGCAGUUUUAUAUCAAGUUUGUUGAGCCUCAAAAGCCUAGCACUUGACACAAAUUUCUCAAACGAAAACAUAGAUCGCAGCCUAUUACUUAGAAGCUUGCUCACUGACUGACAACUAAAACUAUAUAAUUUACCGGACGACGAUCGCUCACUGUUCUUUGUACUCAAAGUGAAACAGAGAUCUGCUCAAACUGAUAGCAAUCAUGACAGGUGCAAAAAAGAGAUAUGCCCUCAUAGGUACGGGCGGGCGCUCGAUGUUCUUCUACACGGCGAUCGCACGAGAUUAUAGCAGUACUUCAUGUGUCGUAGCCAUCGCAGACACGAACCAAACCCGUAUGAACUUUGCCAACGACAAGCUCAGGUCUCUCGGUCAUGAUAAGGUGCCCACCUACUUCGCUGCUGACUUCGACAAGAUGAUAGCUGAGACGAAGCCGGACGAGGUAAUCGUUACAACGAUCGACCGAACGCAUAACAUCUAUAUCGUGCGAGCUUUGGAAUUGGGCUGCAAUGUCAUUACCGAAAAGCCCAUGACUAUCGACGCUCCUCGCUGUCUCCAGAUCUUCGACGCCGUGGAGCGGACAAAAAACAGCGUCCGCGUGACGUUCAAUUACCGUUAUGCACCACACAACACGAAGGUGUUUGAGCUAAUCAAAUCCGGCGCCAUUGGCAAAGUGACCUCGGUGCAUUUUGAGUGGAUGCUCAACACAUCGCAUGGUGCUGACUACUUCCGUCGCUGGCACCGAGACAAGCGCAACAGCGGUGGGCUGUUGGUGCACAAGAGCACCCACCACUUCGACCUCGUCAACUUCUGGUUGCAGACGAGGCCGCAGACCGUGUAUGCUCAGGGUGACCUCAAGUUUUAUGGCCGAGAAAAUGCCGAGGCUCGCGGGGUGAGAGAGUUUUACACCCGUGCCCACGGGAGCGAAGUGGCGAAGAAGGACCCCUUCGCGCUUCACCUGGACGAAAACGAGCAGCUGAAGGCCAUGUACCUAGAUGCGGAGCACGAAGAUGCGUACUACCGCGAUCAGAGCGUAUUCGGGGAUGGCAUCAGCAUCGAGGACACUAUGAACUUGCUCAUCCGGUAUAAGAAUGGUGCCGUGAUGACAUACUCGCUCACAGCAUACGCGCCUUGGGAGGGUUUCCGGGUGAACUUCAACGGAACCGGCGGGCGGCUUGAGCUGGAGGUCGUGGAGAACAGCUACGUAAACUCUGGUGGCGACCAGGCCAAGGAGGGCUCCAUCGAGAAAACCAGUCUGGUCCUGCGACCGCUGCUGGAGAAACCACAAGACAUCGAGAUACCAGAGGGGAUCGGUGCCCAUGGUGGUGGUGAUACCGUGCUGCUUAAUGAUCUUUUCGGUGAGCCUGUGUCGGACGAGUAUAUGCGCGCGGCGAGCCAUGUUGAUGGAGCUCUAUCUAUUCUAACUGGUAUUGCUGGCAACAAAUCUAUGGCUACGGGCCAAGUCGUCAAUGUUGAUGAUAUUUUGAGCAUACCAUAAGAUAACUUGCAAUGGAACGCAAAUCCAAGAUACCAUCCAGUUGGAAGUUAAUAUAAUUUUGAUACUUUAGAUAGGUACAUAAAUUGGGUAUCUAUAUACAAGAAGUGAUUAAGUA